AUGAAGCCCACAGCAAUCCUCACCGCCGCGCUCUUCCUUGCCGGCGGGGCGGUGGCCAACACGCUGCCGCGCCGGGACCUUCCGCCCGUGACGCCCGAGGAGAACAACUUCAUCCUGGAGGGCAUCAUCGACGUGUUUGCGAACCGGCGGUUCGACAACAUGGCGGCGCUGUUCACGCCCGACGCCAACUACUUUGUGCUGGGCGACACGGAGCCCUUCUCGGGCGACCACACCAUCCCGGACACGGUGAGGCUGGCGCGCAAGGUCUUCAAUGCGUUUCAGGAUUACGACUUCACCGUGCUGUCGCGCACCGUCACGUCGGAGCGGGCCAUACUCGAGGGUACGGUCAGGGGCACCAGGCCCGACGUCGACGGCGAGCCCGUCUACAAGCAGACGGCCGUGCUGAUCCUCAACACGGUCAGGGAUCCCGUCGACGGCAGGGUCAGGAUCAAGGUGCUGAGGGAGUACUUGGACCUGGUGACGCUGCAGAAAUUCGCCGAGGAGGUUGGCAUGCUUGACUAG